AUGGAUCAUCUGAAGUACAUGAUGGAGUUAACUACGUUGAAUGGAAUAAUGGCUCGAUGGAAAAUUCUGCUCUUCGAAUUGGAUAUACUCUAUGUGAACCAGAAGGAAGUAAAAGAAAGUGCAAUAGCAGAUUUCCUAGCUAGUAGAGCUCUAGAGGAUUACGAACCUUUAAAUUUCGAUUUCCCAAAUGAGGAUCUGAUGUAUGUUGCAACCACUGAAGAAGAAUACGUGACAUGCAUUAUAGGUAUCCGUGCAGCUAUAGAACGCAAGAUCAAGGUACUGGAGGUAUACGAGGACUCUGCACUAGUAAUCUAUCAACUCAAAGGUGAAUGGGAGACGAGAGAUCCAAAGUUGAUUGAUUAUCGAAAGUUGGUUCUUGAGUUAAUUAAGGAGUUUGAUGACAUCAUCUUGUACUACCUCUCACAAGAUGAAAAUCAGAUGGUCGAUGCCUUCGAUACAUUAGUUUUUAUUAUUAAAGUGAACAAGCAAGAGGAUAUGAAACCUAUCCAGAUGAACACUUAUGAGUCCCCGACCCAUUGUUACAACAUCAAGAAAGAAGAAAGAGAUGAUCACCCUUGGUACGAGGAUAUAUUGCGAUAUGAAAUGAUCCGUGAAUACCCUGAGCAUGCAAUCAAAAAUGAUAAAAGGACUCUAAAAAGACUGGCUAAUGAGUACGUCCUAGAUGGGGAGAUCUUAUACAAAAGAAGAAAGGACCAAAUGUUACUAAGGUGUGUAGAUGUUGUUGUGGCCUAG